GGUUUGAUCGGAGGUUGCCAACAAACUUUGUUUUGUGUGAUAUUUUCAACUUAGCGUAACUAAGAAAUGUUAAUCUUUAUUAUACCAUAUCUGAUGUCAGUUCACUAAUAUUAAAACUGAUUAACUUUUUCUGGUUCUGGUGCACUUUGGGUAAAAUUCAGAUUCCUGACUUCUGGUUUCCAAAGGGAUUUAUCGCCGGACAGGUAACCUGUUCGUAGUCAUGGGUGUUGACUGGAUUGGGUUCGGUUAUGCUGCUUUGGUGUCAGCAGGAGGAGUCAUUGGCUACCUGAAAGCAGGCAGUGUCACUUCUCUGGUGGCGGGACUCCUGUUCGGCCUGUUGGCUGCUGUUGGUGCUUAUCUGGCAUCUCACAAUCCAAAGAAUGCGUGGAUUUCACUCGGUACAGCAGGAACACUGGCUGUGGUGAUGGGACUGAGAUUUCUCAGCUCCUGGAAGUUCAUGCCAGCUGGUUUAAUGACAUUGGCGAGUUCACUGAUGCUGGUGAAGAUAAUUGUUGGAAUGUUGAAGACAAGACCACACAAAUCUUGAUCAUUAUAUAAUCUUUUUAUUGUCUUACUUCUAUAGUUUUUCUUUUUUAAUCAUUUGUAAACCGUAUGAGGCAUCAAACUG